AUGGAGUCGUCCCAUGGAUCACGGCAGUGCGAUGGACGCCCGCGAUGGAGCAGAUCUGGUCGUAUCCUCUGGCAGAGUCGCAGCGGCCAGCAGUGGUACCAUGUUUCUUUUCUUUUGAAGCCCAUCUCUGCUUUAAUAGACCCGGCAGCCUGCUCCGGCGAAGGGACUAUCUCUCUCUCUCUCCUUACCCCCCCCCCUCUCUCUCGCUGGCUUUGCCUCUGUGUGUACACUCCGUACUUUUGCUCCUUUUGCUGUUGCUUCUCUUCCUUUUGCCGUGCUUUUGCUUCUUCUGCGUUGCCGCGUCGGCCGCUGAUCACUUCGAUAUCAUCGCCCGCACAGCCAAAAGGGGGGACUGCCCGGCCAGGGGACAUCCUGACUCGAUCGGACUCCACUGGGGCACCCUCAAUCGCUGGUUCUUCUAUCGCUCGCUCGCUCGCUCUCCAUCGAUCUGUCUGGCUGCGGCUGUUGGUCGGUUGGGUUGCUGGUACAUAUACAUACAUCUAUAUAUAUAAAAAAAAUACAUCCCCCACAGACACCAGCUUCGGCGACCAAGGGAGACAGAGGCUUGAGCCUGCUACGAAAAGAAAGCCUUCGCACAUCGCCUGCCCACCCCCGCGAGAUGGCGGCGAGAUAGACUCAGCGCUGGACGAGACGAAGAUAUAUACGAACAUUCAGCCACCCCAGGAAGAAGCAACGAGAACGAAGAAAAAGCAAGCAAGCAAGAAAAGAAGACGAGAAGAAGAGAGGAAGAAGAAAAAGGAAUAUCGUACUCUAAUUGAUAUUCGUCUUCCGUCCCUUCGAGAAUUUGCAUCCGGACGGCAACCGACGCUGUCUGUCUCUCUCUUUGUACUGAGCACUGAGAAACUUGAUAGAAAGACAGAAGACAGAGCCAUCAGACAGAGACAGGAGAGAGACAGGAGAGACAGAGAGACGGCUCUUUAUCCCUCCCGCUGCUCAGCCAGUCGCUCGCUACCGGAACUGUCCCUGUAG